UCAACUUUCUUCUAUAUAAGCUGUUUUGUUAUCUUCCAUUCAUUGUACAAAACAAAAAAAAACCAUAGUUGAUCAUCCAAAUUAAUGGCAACAGCAACCUUUGCCAAACCAUCCAAAUGGUUCUCCAACAAGAGUCUCAAGCUCAGCCUCCCUCGCCUCCAUUCGAAAUCCAAAAAUCCGAGCCCUUCCCCCUCUUUUCAUGCACCAAAAAAGAGCGCGAAUGAGGACAAGUUUCGCGAAGUGUUUCAUCACUUCGACAGUGAUGGUGACGGGAGAAUUUCGUGCAAUGACCUAAGAGAAUACUUCGAGUCCAUAGGCGAGACCAUGUCACACGACGAGGCUCAGAGGGCGAUAGGCGAGUUUGAUGGGGAUGGUGACAACUUGUUAGAGUUUUGUGACUUUGUUCGAUUGAUGGAACGAGACAAUGAGGGCGAUGAUGAUCUCAGAAGGGCUUUCGAGAUGUUUGAGGUCGAGAAAGGUUGUGGAUGCAUCACGCCAAAUGGACUGCAACGAGUUCUGAAUCGUCUGGGAAAUGCAAAGUCCUAUGACGAGUGUGUGGCCAUGAUACAAGUCUUCGAUCUUGAUGGCAAUGGAGUUCUUGAUUUCCUCGAGUUUCACCAAAUGAUGACAUGAACAUGAUUCGGUCACAUAUGAUUGGAUAGAUUAGAGAUGUUUUAAAGUUUUUUAAGUACAAGAAACCUUAAAACAAUGAAGUUUUAAUGAGUUUGUUAUGCUUCUGAAAUUUGUUAUUCUAUUGUUAUGUAAAUUGUGUCUCCCUGUUUACCCUGCAUUACGGUCCAGAGCAGACGAAAAUUUGGUCCUACCUUGUAUUAAAUCGAGCACAAAUUCAUUAUGUGUGACAAUCGAAUCAAAUAACUGAAAAUACAUGCAUUUU